CAUCUGCUAGGCAAAAAGUCGUGGAACGUCUACAAUGCCGACAACAUCGCCCGCGUCCGUCGCGAUGAAGCUGCCGCGCAGGCCGCCGAAGAGGCGGAAGAGCAGCGCAUGCAGGAGACCGAUGCACAACGCCGACUAGCCAUUCUACGCGGCGAAGCUCCUCCGCCCAUAGAGGAUACUGAGCCAUCCACGGCCGAUGAGCCGCCCGCUCGUGAAACCACACAUUCUGGAAGCAUGCGGCGGAAACGGAAGCGACCAGGCGAGGACGACACCGACUUUGAGAUGCGCGUGGCGAAGGAGAGGGAUAACAUGGCUGUUGUCAGCAUCGAGUCUGAGAGGAAACCUACGAGCUCUGCUCCGAUUGUGGACCAUGCUGGGCACAUUGAUCUUUUCGGUGAUGAGAAGCUCAGAGCACAUGCCGAAAAGAACGAGGAGGCAGAGAAGGAAGCCAAGAAGAAGAAGCAGAGCUAUGAGGAUCAAUACACGAUGCGAUUCUCCAAUGCCUCUGGAAAAGACGGCUCCCUGCAGCCGUGGUACUCCCAGUCCGAUGCCGCAGCUCCAGACGCAUCUUCCAAAGACGUCUGGGGCAACCAAGACCCGAAGCGCAAAGAGAGGGACACCAAGCGAAUAGUGUCGAACGACCCGCUCGCGAUGAUGAAACAGGGCGCAUCAAAGGUUCGGGAGCUGAAACAGGAGCGAAAACGAUUUCAGGAGGAGAGGGACGAGGAGUUGAAACAGAUGCGCCGGGACGACCGGCAUUGUGAGAGACGACGACGGAGGCAUGAG